GUGGACAAAAGUGAGGAGGAUUCGAGGGACCCCUUCCCACAAGACAAGCUGAAUAUCGAGGCACUGCGGCCCGUCAUGCAGCUGGUGAGGCUUGACACCACGGUGGGUUCCAUUGAUAUCAUCCUGAGACAUGAUUGGGCUCCACAUGGUGCAAGUAGAUUCAUCGAACUGGUCUCCGGGGGAGACCUGACCAAUUUGGCAUUCUAUCGCGCGAUUCAGGGGUGCAUCGUCCAGUUUGGCUUGCCUCCGAAGCGUAUGUGGGCUCCGAUUCCAGAUGAUCCUCCUACAGGAGUGCCGUUUCUGCCGGGAGCAGUGUCUUUCGCAUCAGUAGGUCCAGCAUCCAGGAGGGCGACGCUGUUCAUUUGCGUCGGGGACAUGUCCCACUGCCUCGGCGACAAGAGCUGGGAGACGCCAAUCGGUGCAGUUGAAGAGAGUUCAUUGGAUGUGCUGGACCGCAUUGACACCACAUAUGGCGACAUAGUCGAGUUUGGUGGCGAAGGUCCUGACACCAGCCGAAUCCAAGCCGAAGGGAAUGCAUACCUCCAGACAUAUUUUCCCAAGUUGUCCUAUGUGAAGUCGGCAAUGAUGCUGCCUGAUGGAGCUUUGGAAGGUGACCCUUCUCAGCCGCCAGCAAUGGAUCCUGGGCCACCAAUUCGCUUGAAUGGACUGACGGCUGAGGACAUAGCAGAGGCAGCGGAACGAGCAAGAGUCUCUUCCUUGGAGGCUGCCAACAUGGCCAACCAAGCUACAUCCGUGACAGAUCCCGAUGAGAUGGUGGUAGCAGUCAGGCGAGCUCGAGAAGCCGCCAACGCAGCGGAGGCAGCGGCGCAGGCUGCAGAGGCAGCACAUGCAGCAAGAUCUCGAAGACCCACCACCAGGGAAGCUGCACCUUUGAAUCAGCCUGCACCUGUGCCCGUUUUGCCUGCCGCUCCUGUGCUACAGCACCCUGCGCCCCACUUCGGACCAGGUGCCGUGAACUUGCCAUGGUCCCCAGUGCCAGCGCAGGUUCUGCCAGGCAUGCCGCAGAGCCUCCCGCAGGGCCUCCCGCAGGGCCUCCCGCAAAGCGUCCUGCAGAGCGUGCUGCAGGGUGCACAGGUCCCACCUCAGGGCAUGGUGCAUAUCCCCGUGCCUGCGAAUGUCGGUUGCGAUGGGCGCUCACAAAUGCCACCAAUGCUGCCCUAUGCGCAGCCCCAGCUUCAGCAACCUCAGCAGCCUCAGCUUUUGCAGUCUCAGCUGCAUCAGGCAUGUUUUGGUGGCCCUGUCGCAUCAACAUGCAACGGGAUGCUGCCUCACAUGCCAGGAAGGCCUCACAUGCAAAUGGAUUUGACUUAACUGGUCCAGAG